UAAGUAUACGAUGAUGUGGCACUUAAUACCAGAAAUAACUAACAUAAAAACCGUCAUUUGUGCUCUUCACCACCAAACUGCAAGCACACUCCCUGACCUGCUUUUGACUCCUCUCACACAUUCUCCGCUUUCCCCUCCUCUGCAAAACCCAGUUUUCUGAGAAACCCAAUUUCCCGAGAAAAUGCCGUCUUUCGUCAUCAUCCUGUCUGUUGCUGUUGCUAUCUCUGUGAUUUUCUUCUACCCUUCUCUUCUGCCUCGCAUUGCCUUCACUACCACUAAUGAUCAGGUGAACAACCCAGUUCAAGAUUCUGGUAUUUUUGAGGAAGUCUUCCAGUACCCAGAUGUCUUCUUGAGAAAUUACGCUCUAAUGGAGAAAGGUUUCAAAAUCUUCAUGUACCCAAUAACCGCUGAUGAUUUUUUGUUUUACAAUGAGACGUACAUUCCCGGGGACCAUACUACUGAACUGAUCUUCUACUACAGUUUCAUUUCAUCCGAAAGAUUUCAUACAAAUGAUGGCACUAAGGCUCAUAUGUUUUUCAUUCCAAUUAAUUGGUCCCAAAUUCGCAAAACGGGAAAUUAUUCUUAUGCUGAGAAUUAUGUUCGGCGCAUAAUUAACAAGUACCCUUACUGGAAUCGGAGUGAAGGUGUUGAUCACUUUCUUGUGACUUCCUGUGACGCUGGAGCAAUAUUCUCUGAAAGAGUUCCACUGAAUAAUUCAAUAAAAGUCUCGUGUUCCGCAAGUAACGAUUCCAGACACCACAAGCACCACCAUAUAACCCUCCCCCAGCUUAGAUAUCCAUUUGUUUCUCCUUUGAGUGGUUAUGACAUACACCACAGGACAAUACUCAUUUUCUGGGCUUGUAAAAAUUCUCCAGCAAGUGAAAGUGAUUGGGUCGAAUACUUUGAGAAAUUCAAAGAAUCUAAGUAUUGUAUUUGUGAUGGAGCAUCCUAUGUCACAAGAAUCUGCAUAACAGACUCAAUCCAUUUUGGAUGUGUUCCAGGUGAGAGAAAGUUUCUGGAGUUUGUUUUCAAUCAACUUAGUAACUACUUUGGUGCACCUUUCUGCAGUGAUCUUGUGUGAGGACUAUGAAUUGCCAUUCGGUGAUAUCCUUGACUGGACAAAAUUUUCUGUAAUAAUCAAUAAGGAUGAUGCAGAUCGGGUUGAACAGAUCCUUGAAGCCAUAUCGGAUUCAAAAUUCAGUGAACUGCAUAACAACAUACUCAAGGUUCAAAGGCACUUCUAUGUGGAUGAACCUGCAGAAGGAGAUAACCCAUAUGAUCUCUUUCAUAUGAUAAUGUAUGAGCUCUGGUUGCGUCACCAUGAACGGUUUUCUGAUUCCUAAACUUGUAUACGUUUUCCAAACACAAAGAUGAACACAACUUAGUAUCAGUUAGGAUGACAAGUACAAAUGUACCAUUUUCUUUACCUGAUGAAGUUGGAUGCCAAGGAAUAUCAGUUAGUAGAUAGAUUUUGUUCCAUUCUUUGUUCAUUUUGACAACAAUUUUUUGACAGC